UAUGAACGAAUUUCCGCUCAUUUUUUUUUCUAACUAACUGCUUUAUUUACUGAAGAGGGCUUGAGAAAAAUUGGAUUUGACCUAAAAUUUAUUUCAAUCUUUGUAUUUCAAAUUAUUUACUAGUUAAGUAAAUUUCUUUCAUAUAAAUUAUAUUACAAUCUAUUUUCUACUGGGGGACGUGAGGGUCAGCCCAAAAAGCGAGUCUAGUCACUUAGGAUAAUAUACAAGUGUUGACAUCUCUAAAUGAAAUCUUCAACUACAUCAACAGAUUUUUGGCGCGAUUUCAUCCCAUGUGUUAUGCAUCCAUAUAUACAAACCAAGCAUAUAUAUAAUAUACACAUACUCAUACGUAAUUUCAGUUAUUCCUCACUAAAAUAACAGUUUAUGUUUUUUUGAGUAUUUUUUUUUUUUUAUAAAUAAUAUUAAUUAAAAUAAACAAAAUGAGUUUAUGGGUAGAUAAGUAUCGUCCUUCUAGUCUUAAUAAAUUGGAUUAUCAUACAGAACAAGCGGAACAUUUAAAAAAUAUGGUACAAAAAAGUGAUUUUCCUCAUUUAUUGGUUCAUGGUCCUCCAGGUGCCGGUAAAAAAACACGAAUAAUGGCAAUAAUCCGUGAACUAUAUGGACCUGGAGUCGAAAGACUUAGAAUGGAACCCAUGCAAUUUGAAACACCAUCGAAAAAAAAAAUCGAAUUAAUGACUAUCAGUAGCAAUUAUCACAUCGAAGUUAAUCCUAGUGAUGUUGGAAUAUAUGAUAGAAUAGUUAUAAUGGAUUUAGUAAAAACAACAGCUCAAACUCAUCAAAUUGAUAUCAAUGGCCAACGAGAUUUCAAAGUCGUUCUUUUAACAAACGUCGACCAGUUAACUAAAGAUGCUCAACACGCUCUUCGACGAACAAUGGAAAAAUAUAUAACAACUUGCAGAUUAAUUCUUUGUGCUAAUUCAACAUCACGAGUUUUACCGGCAAUUAGAUCACGUUGUCUUGGAAUACGUGUACCAGCACCAACAAUUGAUGAAAUAAAAUCAGUGUUGCAUAUUAUUUCAAAAAAAGAAAGUAUUAUUUUACCAGAUGAAUUAGCUUCUAGAUUAGCACUUUCAAGUGGAAGAAAUCUUCGAAGAGCUAUUUUAAUGCUUGAAGCAUGUAAAGUUGAACAAUAUCCAUUUACUCCAGACCAACAGAUAACUGAACCAGAUUGGCAGAGUUUUAUUAGAAAAACUGCAGCAAUGAUGGUCACAGAACAAACUCCACGAAAAUUGUUAGAUAUCCGUGGCAGACUUUAUGAACUACUUACUCAUGCUAUUCCUUGUGAUUUAAUAUUCAAAGGACUCUUACAAGAAUGUAUUAAAAAUUGUGACUUACAAUUAAAAGCUGAAAUCGUUUUAGUAGCCGCUGAAUUUGAACACAGGAUGCAUCGAGGAUCAAAAGCUAUUUUUCAUCUUGAAGCAUUUGUUGCUAAAUUUAUGACAAUUUAUAAAAAGUUUAUGGAUGUGGCCAUGGAUGAUUUUGAAUAAAAUUUUUGUUUUUCAGUUUACUAUAAUAUUUACUGUAAUUAUUUUUUAUAUUAAUUUAAUUUCAAAUAAAUAGUUUGGUAACUUUUA